UUUCCGACAGAUCACAGUCAGUUAGCUAGCCAAGCUGAUUAGCUUGCAGCUACAGCUAAUGUUUGUAGGAUAUUAAAUGUUAGGUAAACUGGAGUGGAUGAAACAAGUACUACAGAAAGAUGGCGGACGUUGAGGGACAAGAAGUUGGUUCCUCGGUCCUUCCGUUGCCUCACCCUUCCUCCCGUAACGGCUCCGGUAGCGGUAACGUUACACCAGACACCGGCGGUUGCUGCCAGACUGUAACCACCGUUACCUCAGGCCCACGAUUCGUUCGAAUAGUGAAGUCUGACUCGGGUUACGGUUUCAAUGUUCGGGGACAAGUAAGUGAAGGAGGGCAACUACGGAGCAUUAAUGGGGAAUUGUACGCUCCACUGCAGCAUGUUAGUGCUGUCCUUCCGGGGGGAGCCGCGGACAGAGCGGGCAUCUCGAAAGGGGACAGGAUCCUUGAGGUCAAUGGGGUAAACGUGGAGGGAGCCACACACAAGCAGGUGGUGGAUCUGAUCCGGGCUGGUGAGAGAGAGCUGGUGCUUGCCGUGCUGUCUGUCCCACCACAGGAAGCAGACUGCCUGGAUCCUGGUGAUGAUGGAUCAGCCCAGUCCUGUUACGACUACUCUGACAAGCAGGCCGUCCCUAUCUCAAUUCCCAGCUACAAACACACUGAGCUCAACAAUGAAAAAUUUGUGGUAUACAAUGUGUAUAUGGCAGGCAGGCAGUUAUGCUCAAAGCGUUACAGGGAGUUUGUGAUUUUACACCAAAACCUGAAGAGGGAAUUUGCCAAUUUUACAUUCCCUAAGCUGCCUGGGAAAUGGCCGUUUUCACUGUCAGAGCAGCAGCUGGAUGCACGACGCAGAGGCUUGGAGGAGUACCUGGAGAAAGUGUGCUCUGUACGGGUAAUUGGAGAAAGCGACAUCAUGCAGGAGUUCCUGUCUGAAUCAGAUGAGAAUUAUAAUGGUGUAUCAGAUGUGGAGUUGAGAAUAGCCAUGCCUGAUCAAACAACACUCACUGUCAGAGUUCGCAAAAACUCUACUACAGAUCAAGUGUAUCAGUCUGUUGUCAUGAAAUUGGGCAUGGACAGUGUGACAGCCAGCUAUUUUGCUCUGUUUGAAGUCAUCAAUCACACAUUUGUGCGUAAGCUUGCCCCCAAUGAGUUCCCCCACAAACUCUAUGUACAAAACUAUACCUCAGCCAUCCCAGGAACCUGCCUCACCCUGCGCAAGUGGCUCUUCACCACAGAAGAAGAGACUCUGCUCAGUGAUAACCAGCUCGCUGUCAACUACUUCUUUCACCAGGCUGUUGAUGAUGUGAAGAAAAGCUUUAUCAAAGCUGAGCAGAAAUCUUAUCAACUACAAAAGCUGGCAGAACAGAAGAAAAUGUCCAUGUACUUGAGUUUGUUGAGGGGUUGUGAGGGCUACAAUGAGAUCAUAUUCCCUCACUGUUCCUGUGACUCGCGGCGUAAAGGUCACGUAAUCACAGCCAUCAGUAUACACAAUUUCAAGUUGCAUGCCUGCACAGAGGAAGGCACACUUGAGAACCAGGUAAUUGCAUUUGACUGGGGCGAGAUGCAGAGGUGGGACACGGAUGAGGAAGGCAUGGCUUUCUGCUUUGAAUAUGCACGAGGGGAAAAGAAGCCACGAUGGGUCAAGAUAUUUACACCUUAUUUUAACUACAUGCACGAGUGCUUUGAGAGAGUCUUCUGUGAGCUGAAGUGGAGGAAGGAGGUCGAAGAGGAGGCUACGGACAAGGACAACAAGAACUGCCGUAAAGAUGGUAUGUGUGGCAAGAAUAUUUUCCAGCUGCUGAGGCACAGAAGGGAUGGGGGAACGUAGGAAAGGAGAUCGUCACCACUUAAGAACAGCGGCAUUACCGAGUCAGCUCAGCUCUGGCCCUGACUUAGCCUCAGACCCAGCAGCACUUGGCUAUUAUUUACAUGGGCAUCAUUUUCACUCCUUUAACUACAUACAAGAAGCUUCUUCCCUUAUGCCAAGCCAACAAUAAACCAACAAGCAUCUGCUGUUAAAUCCAACACAUCAUAACCAUGCAUCAAGCAGAGCAUUGAGCAUCUAUAGGCUCAAAGUGAUGGAUUCAUGCAAGCCCUUUCUUCUUGGCAGGGAGACAAAGUGGAAUUUGACAUGCUAAUGAGGAGGUUUUAAAUCUCUAAUCAGUAGCACUGUGGGAAAAAAACUGAAGUGAUUUUUGGUGUACUAAUGAAUGAAACUGAAAGCUGUUAGCACUCACAAGUCGGAACAUCAAAAACAGUAAUCAGCUAGUCUUAGGACUGACCACUGGAAGAUACUAAAGAUUAAAGCAGCGGCGUGUCAUACGUUUGUGGACUCAUGUUAACCAUGCAUGCAUGGAGCCCCAACGGAUGAAGCAAACCAGAGCGAGGACCCAUAAUGUAAGUCACGGCUAAAUCAUGUCACACACUUAUUAUUUUCAUCAAUUUGGUGCCACAUUUGCAUUAACUAUAAAAAAAAAAAGCUAGUAAAAUUGUAUUUAAAGAUAAAGACAGAUUUUUUAUAUGUUUUUAAGGUUUUUUUGUUUGCUUUUGGGUGCACUCAGUGAAGGAUCAUGUACUGCACUUUAUCCAACAGUAUGAACAACGUCCAUAUGGACAAACUCUUACCUGGGAGGCAAUAGAUGGGCAUAAUGUGAUAAACUUACUUUAUGUCUAUGUUUGACUGACUGACUUUAGUGUGGAUACACACUGCAUCAGAAACUGGGUGGAGUGUUGUUCAAAGCCAUGCAUUAAAUUUUUUUGUACAGUAUUUUGUGAACAAUCCAUACAGAUGUUUUCAGGCCAUUGUAGAGCAGCAGGCUGGAGCACUGCCUGAUAAUUCAGUGUAUAAGUGUUUUUAUUGUGUAUUACAGAGAAUAGACAGCAGGGGUCCUUCUCCUCCUGUUUGUUCUUUGGAUCACAGUGAUUACUUCAUCUCUGGAAGCUCUCACAGGGUUUAUUAUUAUAGGCUUGUAAUUUAAAUGGCUUUUCCAGUAUUUAUCUCUAUAGCUGGUGCUUUGCUGUACUGGUCAACUGUUCAUCCACUAUGAGCUCUGACUAAGUGGGGUUAGUCUCUUAACAGAAUGGAUGGUUAUCAUCAUUAUAUGAUAAGUUGAAUGUGAACAUGUGACUACUUAGUCAUUAAACCCCUCCUAGCAACAGCUGAAAUGGCUAAAGUGCAAUAACAUGAAUGAUUUGAUGUUUAAUGCCCUUUCUAAACCAACCCAGUUAGUGUGCUAAAAAACGUGAUAAGUCAUGUAAAAUGUAAAACCUGCUUAUCUGAUCAUCCAAUCAGAUGGAAAAAUACAAAAAAACUGUAUUGUACUUACAAGUUAUUAGAUCAUUAGACAUUGACACUCUAGCGGGUGGUAUUAAAUAUUGUCACCCAGUCCAAUAUUCUUAUUCAGUCUUAUUAAUCAAACCUUAUUGGCUUUAUUGAAACUCCCAUUAAGACGAAACUAUUAAGAUGGGGUUUUUUGCACAUUUUGAGAGCUCUAACUAAAAGAUAUUACACAUUCAGUUCGCUCUAACGUUUGGUAUAGGCAUAAACUGUACAAAAUCAAACUAAUGUUUAAAGCAAAAACCUUGUCCUAGAUUUUAUAAAGCUUAUAACAAUACUAGAAAAUCCUCCCCCUUUUAUAUUGACAAAUUACAAUGCCACAGAAUGUCAUUAGAUAAUAAUAAUCUGUUAAUGCUUCGCCCCAACUGAUAUUUAGCCAGUAAUCUGAACAUCUACAGUCAUUUUACACAUCAAACAGACAUGCUGGCUGAGUUAUGAAAACACAUCAGUGGCCGCUUCUGGUAGUGGUUGUUAUAAUGACGGUGCUGUUCACAAAGGCAUUUUACGUGAUAAAUGAGCUUAAGAAGACCUCUGUGGGUGCGUACAGGAGGUUUAAUUGAAUGUGUUGAGCCUUUAAUUGAAAGAUUGAAUGUGCAAUCCCGAAGGCCGAACACAUUUCUUUGGAUUCUUUUCUGUUUACUGAACCAAGUCUAACAUAAUCGAUUGUCUGACACCUUGAAGUGUGCACUCUGUUCAACUCAGCUCCACAUUUCUUUCUUUCUUGGUCUGACUACAGUAAAAUGUCAUGUACAUUAUUUAUUUUAUUACUAUACAGUUCACUUCAGCUUACAAGGUCUGGCAUUUAUAGAGACACGAUAAGAGUAUGGAGAUUGACAAGCUGCAAAUCCAUCAACUGGUUGAAAUGUAAAAUUUAAGAUGCAUCGCUUACUGUAUUAAAUUGUAACAUAUUCUUUUAAAUAAACUGAUUUAUUGAU